UUCGACAGGCCUUAUUACAAAACCUGGACAUCCAGACCCGCGCGCCCGUCCCCUCUAACAACAGAUCAACCGAUCCUUGAAAAGUCCACCCUCCACCACGGGCAACACCAUGUCGAGCACCGGCGCGUCGGGCCCGGACGCCGACGCGGCGGCCGGCGAGGGGCUGGAGCUGGCGCAGUUCGGGGCGGGCUGCUUCUGGAGCGUGGAGCUGGCGUACCAGCGGCUCCCCGGCGUGGCGCGCACCGAGGUGGGCUACUCGCAGGGGCACCUCGACGGGCCCACCUACCGCGACGUGUGCGGCGGCGGCACCGGCCACGCCGAGGUGGUGCGCGUGCACUACGACCCCAAGGAGUGCCCCUACGCCGUGCUUCUCGACGUCUUCUGGGCCAAGCACAACCCCACCACGCUCAACAAGCAGGGCAACGACGUCGGGACGCAGUACCGGUCGGGCAUCUACUACUACACGGCGGAGCAGGAGCGGCAGGCGCGGGAGUCGCUGGCGGAGAAGCAGCGGGAGUGGAAGGAGAAGAUCGUGACGGAGGUCCUCCCGGCGAGGAGGUUCUACGCGGCCGAGGACUACCACCAGCAGUACCUCGAGAAGGGCGGCCAGUCCGCCAAGAAGCGCUGCUCCGACCCCAUCCGCUGCUACGGCUGAAACCACUGCCCCCGUCCCCGACCGCCUAAGCUAUUGGUGCUGCAUUGCCAGUAGCAUCAUAAAGGACACCGUCUACCUGACUGUUGUUGUUGUUACAAUAAACAAACCCAUUCGUGCAGCGUUUUAAGGUGAGGUCUGGCACUUUGUUUGCUCGA